CGUUGCACCGGAAACAACUCUGCAGGCGCCGGCAUCAGAGGAUAAACUUUCUUGGGGGAAACAUGCUUCGACUUUCGAGCAACGUUUCCACUAAGAUUCGGGCUGCCAGUCUUCGAAGGGCCCAUAAGCAGCAACGAUGUAAACUGAGCAGUGAGAGCUCAAAAGAUGGCGUCAAACCAGCUACGCCAGCACCUCCUGCUCCUCCCCCUGAUCCCACACCUCCUCCCAGCGGAAAAGGUGGUGGUGUGUUUUUCAAACUUCUGGGACUAACUACUGUGGGGAUAGGAGGUGUUUUAGCUUAUGCUUGGUAUGACGCUGAGUUCAGGAAACAACUGGAAUCAAAUGUACCUUACUCUAAAGAGGCCAUGGAAUAUAUAUUUCAAUAUCUACCUGAGACCAGUUCUACUGAUUCCACCACCACAAGUCAGAGUAAACCACCUGCAAUAGCCCCAGCUGAGGAGGAACCAGUGUGGAAGAAAAGACAAGCAAGGCAAGACUCAGAUAAGACAGAGCCAUCUGCAGAAGAAGAUAAAUCUGCAAAAUCAGCUAAACAGUCUGCAGCUGAUGCUAAAAAGGCAGAACAAACAAAAGUGCAAAUGAGAUUAAAGGAGAAAGAAGCUGAAGAAGCAGCUGAAAAUGCAGCUUUGGAGGUGAUUUUAGAAGGAAUGAUGGAUUUACUAAAUGAGAAAUCCAAACAAGCUAUUGAGGCCCAGAAAAAAGUUAUAGAGGCGACUAAAAGCCACACGCAACUUCUCAAGACAGCAAUGGAUGACAGCUCAGAUAUUCUUAACAAGGAUAACCAGUGGCAAGCUGUAGCCAAUGCUUUUGGCAAACGAGAAGAUGCUGUGAGAGCCUCCAAGCAACUGGUCAAUGAUGUCAAAGAUAUCCAGGAGAAAAUGAAGAAAGCAAUAGAGGAUGGAAAACUGAGUAAAAUUACGAAGAAGAACCCUGUGAUUAUAUCAGCCCAGGAAAGCCUUAACAAAUUCUCCUCCAGCAUAAAUUCUAUAGCUUCUGAGGUUUCUAAGGCCGAGUCAGAUGCUAAAGUGAUGUUACAAUAUAAAGAUUUAAUAGAUCAGGGUAGAAAGCAGUUCAAGCAAGAGCUGGAGAGCAUCAUGCCAGAGGUGAAGUUGGGGGACAAGAAAGGUAAAAAGCUGACAGAAGCUGAACUAAACUCGCUGAUAGCGCACGCUCAUCGGCGUAUUGACCAGUUACAGAAACAACUCGCUGAACAAAUUGCUAUGGAGACUCAGCGUACCCGGAAAACCAUUGAGCAGCAGAAGGCAGAGGGUGAGAAGCUGGCCUUGGACCUUGUAAAGAAAGAAGCGGAGAGGCUGCAGAAUGAGUUCUCCCUGGAGAAACAGAAAUGGGAUAUUGAAGGAAGGGUGCAAUUUGAGGAGGAGCUGCGGCAGCAGCUGAAGCGCCAGGCAGCUGCACACAGUGACCACCUGAAGGAUGUUCUAGGAGUACAGAGGGAGGAGCUAGAACAUCACUUUGACCGUGAGCUGCAUGCCAGGCUGAUCGAGGAGAGACAGUCCUUUCAAACAGAGAUGGCUGGGUGGAUAGCCCGACUCAAGGGGAUUGAGGCUGCUGUUGAAGGUCGCGCUGAGCAAGAAAAGCUUGCCCGCACGGCCCAGGAGCUGUGGCUGGCCUGUGUUGCCCUGGCAGGGGCGAUAAGACUGGGUAAGGAGGGUGCUCAGAGUUGGGAGGCACAGAUCAAACCCCUGGACAAGGAGAUAUUUGCGGUGGUGGAGGCCGGUGCUAAUCACCCGCUGGUCAACGCUGUGAUAGAAUCCAUCCCGGAGGAGGCUUAUAAGAGAGGGGUCUGGACGGAGGACGGGCUGAGAGCCCGCUUCAGAAAAGUCAGGCGCGUGUGUAAGCGAGUGUCGAUGAUCGACGAGAGCGGAGGAACAUUAUUCAAAUAUUUCAUCUCUUACAUUCAGUCCUUUUUUAUUUUCGACUCUGUCUACGCCAAAAGUGAAAGUGAUGAAGUUGACCUGGAUAAAUUGGACACCUUUGCUAUUCUCGCCCAUGCCCAGUACUGGGUGGAUAAAGGGGACCUGGAGCUCGCUUUACGUUUCAUGAAUCAACUCCAAGGGGAGCCGCGUCGCGUGGCCGCCGAUUGGAUAAGGGAGACAACCCUGAUGUUGGAGACCAGACAAGCAGCACAAACCCUGACAGCAUUUGCAUCAGCCAGCGGACUGGGAACGAUAUUUUAACAGUGUGAAUUAUUAGCUGUAGUCAUUAUGAUGGUAUGAUGCGAAAGUGAUCCCUUGUACAAGUCAUAUAAACCAUUGAGUGUGCUUUUUGAAAGUGCUAUGUCUACCUGCUUCCCAAUCAAGCGGAUGAUUGGGAACUUUGGACUGGUGACAUGAUGGUCUGGACUCCCCUUCCACAGUGCUACAUACGAGCUAGUCUGAUGACCGUGAGCUUGCUGUGACCAAUCUGCGACAGAAGGUGUCAUCCAUGACCUGUGUUAGUAUACAUAUAUGUUCCCCAGGUUAACUAGAAAAUCAUAAUAAUUAAUUACACCAGAAAUGUGUGAUAAGUUUAAAAAAAACUGUUUGAUGUGAGAGUCACUUUCCUAUCUCCUAAUUAAAUGAAGACUUUAUGUAGAAUUUUACUGCU